AUGAGGCAUCUUCUGCAGCAAGCGGAGAUCGUGCUGUCUGCUGUUAUGGGUGGAGGCCCAUCAACAUCAGCAGCAGCAGCAGCAGCAGCAGCAGCAGGAGCAGCAGCAGGGAGAGGCGGUAUGCAUCAGCAGCAUGGGCCGUAUGGGGGUCUUGGUGGUGGUGCAGCAGGAGAUGCUAUUCUGGAUCCUCUGCAGCAGCAGUUGCUGCAGCUAGAGCAGCAGCAGCAGCAGCAGCUACAGGAAGUUAUGGUGCAAAUGCAGAGAACUCAGCAAGCAGAGAGACAGAAAGUUGAGCAGAAGCUUAUAGAAGCAAGACAGCAGCACAUAGAGCUGCAGCAGCAGAGCAGCAAGAUACGCAGUUUGCUGGUUUCGUGUGAAGCAGGCUUAGCAGAAGUACAGCGAGGUAUAAAAGAGUUAAAGAAGGGCGAAACUUUAAUAGAACAAACAACAUUAACUUUAGAAGCUACCUUGCAGCGUCUAGUAAACUCAGACGGGACGGGCUUUGAUAUGGGCGACUUAGGUAUAGUAGAUGAUAAGACAUAUUUAGACACAAAGAUUAUGCUAGGGAGACAGCUGCAAGGUGUUAACGGUUUACUAGGAAAGGUUGCUGCUGGGCUAGAAGAAGCAGAAGCAGCAGCAACACGACUGUCUCUACAAGGGCCUUCAGGGAGACAGGUUGCGGAGCAGCUGCUGCAGGGUUGCGCAGAUAUUCAGCUAGCUCUUCGUACACAAGAAGAGCAUCUUAGAGAUGUAGUUGCUGCCUUAGAAGCAAAGCAGAUUGCGUGUGAUAAGACUAUGCAGGAGCUUAAGACAGCAAUUGAAGCUGCUCUGGCUAAGUACGCGGAGGUGCUGCAGCAGCAGGUGCAGCAGCAGCAGCAGCAGAUCAUGGCAGCAGCAGAAGCACUUCUUGCUGCAGCAACAGCAGAUGCAGAAAGACUCAAGCAGCAGCUGGACGCAGAGAUAAAUAAACUUGUUUCAGGUAAUGUAUCGACUGAUCUUGCUAACGAACAGCUGCGAGUGAUGCAGCAAGCUGUUGCUGCAUGGGAGGCAGCUGUGGGUCAUUCGGUUGCUGCUAUAGAUACAUUGCUUGAUGCUGCUGCUUCUGCUGCUGCUUCUGCUGCUGCUCUUCCUCCCCCGCAUGUAGUAGAUACAUCAGGGCUUUCACAGGCUGUGCAGCAGACGCAUGAAGUUAAAAAAGCUAUCAGGAAGCAAAGAGCAGAGCUGCAGCAGAUGCUAGGGGUUAUGAGUGCACAACUUAGAGAAGGACAGAGACAGCAGCAGCAGCAGCAGAUGUUUCAACUGCAGCAGCAGCAGCAGCAGCAGCAUCAAGGCCUCUUUUCUAUUCAGCCAAUUAAACAAGGGCCGACUUCAGAUCCUUAUUCUGGAUAUCUCCUUCCUAGUCAGGUACAGCAGCCGCAGCAGCCGCAGCAGCCGCAGCAGCAUAUGCCGCACCAGUUUAUGCAUCCUCCGCAGCAUCUGGGUCGUCUGCUGCAGCACCCAACAGGGUUUACGCAGCAGCAGCAGUACCCGGCAGGGUUCCCGCAGCAGCAGCAGCACCCAGCAGGGUUCCCGCAGCAGCAGCAGCAGAUGCAGCAGCGAGGUUCAUCUCACCAACCUCAGCAGCAUCCCUUCACGGGGGGCCCUACGAUAGACUGGGGAGGGGUACCUUGA